GAACAUCGUGCAUAUUUUCAAGAGGACAGCUAAGCUUAGCAGAGCUGCGGUGCAGAAAAGAAAAGACGUGUGGUUGGUGGCUUGUGUACCAUAACUUGAUGAAAUGGAGGACCAAGAAAUGCAGCUCAAAGUCAAAAGAGUGACGGAUAAGUUUACAGAGAGCAUGUACGUGUUGGCCAAUGAACCGUCCGUGGCACUGUACAGACUGCAGGAACAUGUGAGGAGGUCCCUGCCAGAACUAGUCCAACACAAAUCAGAUAUGCAGAGCUGGGAAGAGCAAAGUCAAGGGGCCAUUUAUACUGUGGAAUAUGCCUGCAGUGCCGUCAAAAGCAUGACCAACAGUAGCCUCUACUUCAAAAGCAUAGAGGGGUUACUGCGUCAGAGCAUCUCCAUGAAAGACCAGAUAAACAAUACCCAAGGCCGCAGUGGUGUGACUCCCACUCCUCCUCCUACUCCUCCCCCUGACCCCUCCCCAUCCUCUGCCUCCUGAUCACUGACCAAAUGUGAUAAAGGAAACGAGCGGGGGAGCCCACUGUGUCGAAGGAAGCGGGCGACAAGCACGGCUCAGGAAUCUGAAGUGGUUCCACUACAGCCCCCCUCCUCUGGCUUUCAGCAAUGGGGAGGUGAGGUGGGCUACUUCUUAAAAAAAGGCUCCUUGUCCCCUUAAUCCUGUGAGGGCCGGCCACUACAUCAGCAUACCAGGACCUUUCCAAACAGGGAGUGCAUUACAAUAUGCCACCUUGCCUCCUCCACUUGUGCUCGUCUCCUCGUCCCGCCUCCUGGCCCCUCUUCCGUGGAGAAAGUGAUAAAAUUUCCCAGCUGUCGGCCUAGCCACAACAAGUUUUGAGGAACUGUUUUUCAUUCACCAUCCCAAUUGCAAAUGAGAAAAAGACUUUACAAUUGAGCUUUUGCAAGAUAUUGAAAUACAAUGCUGUUGUCAGUGAUGUCAUCAUGACAUAUUACUUCCUGGUACAAGGAGACAAGCACAAGUGGAGGAGGCAAGGUUGCAUAUUGUAACGCACGCAGUACCUCCCCAUUGGGGACAGGACACCUGCCACUCUGCUCUGCCAGGCUCGCCAUUAGCGUGUGUGUUGGGAACGAACGGCUGUAAAAGAGGGAAUUGUUCUCAGCCCCAUGCCCGGUGCUCCUGAGGAAUUCGACAGGGAGUUCGCUGCAGGUUAAGGUGCUGAUGGACUGACACACACACCCUGAAGGGUUUUUGUUUUCAGUGAGCCUCAAAACAUUUCUUUCUUAGCAUAUGUAUUUUCUUUUCUUUUCCCUUCUCCCUCUGUGCAUUACUACAAAAGCAUCAAUUGCACUGUUGCUUGCAAUGAUUAUUGUUAAUAUUUCUUUAUUGGUUGAUUAAAAUAAUAUUGUUGUAAAAUAA